AAUUGUAGAAGGCAUUGAGGCCCAGAAAGGCAAUCGGGUUUGUCUAGUGCAUUUAUCGGUUUCGGGUUUCUAGCCGGCGGGCUGUCGAAAGUUACAGUGAUAAUCGCUCAUACCAAAUGUGGCGGCAAAAUGUUUUUCCGGGGAACUCGGAUUCUGAUCAGAGCAUUUCUGAUGAGGAGGAAUUAAAUGGCCAUAUGACAGAUAAUUGCUUUUCUUUGAAUACGAAUGCAGAGAAAGAGCAAGGAUUGCUGCUUCAAUCACGACUGGAGAUACUUAGAGGAAUGAACGAUGGAAGUAUGGAAAAGGAAGCUGGAAAUUUAACACAUGAGGACCAAACAAGCUUCUUUGCUGGAGACAAGGUUAAAAUGCUUGAUUUCCCCAAAAACGGUGGCUUAACCUUUUCCCAAAGGAAGGAAUCUAAGCACCAUCCGGAUGAGGAAAUCAUCUCUGAUGAUGAGGAUGAUUAUGUACUUGCAAAUUCAAUUACACGUGGUGAUAGGAAGCUCAACAAAGAUAGUAAUCUCCAUGGUUUUAGAAGGGAAAAGCAAGAUGAGGCCCGCACAUGGUCCAUGAUAAGUAAAGAAGCUAAGGCAUUAAACCAUUUGAAUAAACAGUCUUUGUCUUCCUUUUCUGCCUUCUCCAGAGGGAACAAAUCUUGUAAAGGUGUUAGAGACAAAGUUAAGCCAAAAUUCUCUCUGCAUAUAAAGUCACAUAAAGUUGGUCUCUCUCGUCCUUUGACUUCUAAGGAUGAAGAUGUGAUGUCAUCCAAGGUUCUUGAUGAACCUGAACAACUGGAACCAAUUGAGGAUGAAGCCGUAGAAAAGUCAAACCUUGAGUUUCUUGAAGAUUUUCAUGGUCAAACUGAAGUGCCAUUAAUAAUUGCACCUGCUGAUGAAGCUCUUGGGAAUGGAAUUGUUGAGCAUUCAAUGACUGAGCUAUUAGAUGGGCUUCAGGAUAGGAAUGUUCAGCUAAGAGGAAAUCCUAAAAUGUUUAGAAGAACAAGAGGAAAAAAAAGGGCACAGUUAAUGGGGAAGAAAAAUAUAUCACUAUUGGGUGACAGAAACAUUGAUGAUGAAGAAAAACCUGAGCAAGUAAUUACUGGAUCAUCAAGUGAUGAUGAGGUAUUCCUUGGCUUGAAUUGCUUUCUAAUUGUUUGUUCUAGACUGUCUACUGCUUGUUCAGUUUCUAUCUUUCAGGCCAAUUAUGCAAACCUAAAUCUUGCAAACCCAGAGAUGAAGGGGCAGAGUGUGGCAGAUCGGUUUCAGGAAGCAUUAGCUGCUACCUCUUUGAGCAAUGACGGGGCCCUUGUCACAGCUGCCAAACUGUCAGGUAUUGGAUUGUUUGGGAAGUUGCAGCAGGUCAUGCAGAGUGAAAAGGAAAGAGAUACGGAUUUUCUGAAAAAAAUACAGAUGGGAGCUAGCCCCAAUGAUAAAUCACGUUGUAAUGUUGUAAAGAUCCUUUCAAUAUACUUGGAAGCAAAGCUGUCAGUUUGUCGCUGCUUGUUUGGCAGCAAUAUAGAGGGCUCCCAAAAGUUGGUGGAUAAAGAAAGGGAAGGAACAGUUAUAUUUAGUCCAAGAAUUUGUGGUGAUGUUGACCUCGAGGUUGGGAGCUUGAUUUGUAUUCAUCCUCCAUGGAAGGAGGUUCAAGCGAUGGGAAAUGACAAUAGCGUUAUCCUAUCUACAUAUUUUUCCAAAGUCUGGAAGGAAAGCAAUAAUUAAAAAUUAGUGAUAAAAUCACCUGUUGUCUCAAACCUCAUUAUCUAACCAGUGAUGAGAGACAUGGUGUUGUUAAUCAAUUUUUCUGAUCCUCGAUCUUGUUUAAAAAAGAUGUUUUAUAUGCUC